GCGGUUUACGGCUUAGUACUUUCCACGUUCCAGCGAAUGCAUCGCAAUUUUUCGCCGUCAACGCGACUCUACUAUAGCCAGCCAGCCAGACUGAACUCGUCGUUGAAACGCCGUGCACGCACCACACUCCCUGGUGGUUUGUAUACAUUUCAUCGUUUCGGAUUAACGAAAAUAAACAGGUCCGCCGGGCUGCGAAGUAUCAUUCAAUCGACGACCGUCCAGUAAUGCGGUACAACAUUGCGAAAACAGCUGACGCAGGUCUACAGCACGCGCCGUGACACGUCGGGAAGAGAAAGUCCGCGGAUUAUCCGCAUUGGUUAAACAAGUCGCGACCUAUAGCUGUGCUAACCAGAAGAAAGUAUCAGCAAACACGGCUAAUUCAAUUUGGAGCGGGUUGAAUAAGCCGUCAGUUAUCCGUAAUAGCCGGCCUAAACGCUCGGCAAGAAGAAGGUUUGCAACUGUGCCGCAUCAAACAGUUCUGAGAGCUGAUGCGGUGACCAGCCUGUUUGGGGACGAUCCCACCGGAAACCGUCAGCGUUUUUAGUUACGCCAAUUGAAUGUAAAAUAUGCAAAAUACCCAGUUCGUCCGUAACCGAACGUGAACAAGUGAAGUGCAGUGCGGUGUGGUCUUUCAGUGAAAUCAAACGUGAAUCAUGAAGCUGCUGCUAAAAAUCCACAGCAAAGAUCGUCACUAUUUGACUCUGCAGCGGAAACGUAAAUACUACCGACGAGUGUCCAAGUCAUCGUCAUCGUCUUCGUCAGCUUCAUCCCAGUCCAGCCUGGUCAACUCGUCCUCCUCUCCAGUAGACAUCUUUGGCAGAAGUGCACCCUAUCCUGUUCCGACGCCAGGGGCUUAUUCCACGGCUAGAUCCGGUCGUAACAACCAAAGCCGCGGCCUUCCCUCCACGGGGGAGGCACCCUCCGUGCUGCGCCAGGAGCGAUACUUCCUGUACGGAGCCCUAAUCCUGUUCGUGAUCAUCGCAUUCUCUACCGCACUGUACUUCGUGAUCAACCACAUGCAGGGCAGCGAACCGACGCCAAGCCAGCCCCCGAUCCUGUUUGGCGACAGCUAUGCGUCGGGAACAAUUCCAAAUCUUGGCAAUGGCCAUCUAGUCAUCGACCGCCCAAAUUGGGGCGCCCAGAACGAAGUGCGGGGCCGCUAUCCGCUGUUCCCACCGAUUCCGUACGUGGUCAUCACCCACAUUGGAGUGCAGUCGACACCCUGCCUGGACAUGUACCGGUGCUCGAUCAAGAUGCGGACCAUCCAGGAUGCGGCCGUGGCCGAAAUGGGACUGCCGGACAUUCCCAACAAUUUCUACCUCGGCGGGGACGGCUUCAUCUACGUUGGCCGCGGGUGGAACAUUUCCAACGCGUACUCCAACCGGACCCUCUCGAUCUGCUUCAUGGGGGACUACAUUCGCUACGAGCCGAAUGAGAAGCAGUACUCUGCCCUGCAGCACCUGCUCGCCCACGGAGUGGCCACCGACCAUCUGACGAGGGACUACAAGCUGGUGUCCCACAAUCAGACCAAAAACACCAAGAGCCCGGGACCGUACAUUUACGAGCGAAUCUCCAAGAUGCCCCGGUGGUCACAGUGCGGAAAUCCUGGCUACAUUCGCUGUGGAUCGGAAAUCGGACUGCCGGCGGUGUGGGAUCAGGACUUUCCCAAGAGGAAUAAAACUGCUUAGGGGAGCUAGCUAAUAUGUAAGGCAUAAUACGUCGCGCAUUCAUGAAUCAACGGCACAGUAUUUGUUGUUGUUAUUACUAGGUUAUUACUACAUUUUACAUGCUCAAUAUAGAUCAUUUUGAGAUCCUCAGUGCAGCAAAAGUAAACGAGAACUUCUGUUUAAAGAGUCAGCUUUAUGUAGCAAAGUAUUGUAAAGAAUUAAGUAUAUGUGAUAAAACUAUCCCGUGCUACGGAUUUAUUACUUAGUGUUGCUGGCAUAGUGGUAUACGCAAAAUAUUUCAUCAUUUUUAAUACUGUACUAGAUGAAUGGUCAAGUAAACUUUACGAAAUGUUGAAAAAAGGAUAAAAAAUGAUCAGUUUCUAAUUGUACAUAAAUUGUUAUACAUUCGUGAAUAAAUAUUUGUCAUAAAUA